AAACAUCCUUGCAGACCACGACCGUGCUGCAGGAGGCCUCUGCAACGCUCUGCUGCAAUGUUCUCAUUUGACACGGGCCUAGAAGAAGGUUACAGGUGGGGCGUGGUUUGAUAUCUCGCCGAAUUAUCUCUUGGCAGACUUUGACAGGCACCACAAAGACUGCUUUAGUAGCUAUUGUCGUCUGCGAGAUCGAAAUGGACCCAAAGUGGAUACAAAUUCUGGUGAUUUUGGUGUUUUGUCAGAAAAUGACUUCAGGAACUGAAGACAGAGUCGUGAAAGAGGGGGAGACCGUUGAGAUCAAGUGCAAGCUUGCUGAGAUGCUCAGCAUGGUCAUCUGGUUUCGGGUUCUGGACCACUCAGGGAUGGAAUUUAUUGCGUCUUUUUCCAGAGACGGCACGAAAAAGUCGCCAACUCCCCUCUCGCCAAACUUCAGCCUCCUGAAGAUGGACAAACAGAUUCUAACGCUGAACUCCUUCAAGAAAGCCCGCGACGGCGGCGUCUACGCCUGUGCGACCAUUAAAAGCAAUGAACUGAAAUUUGGCGAAGUGACCCGGCUGAUCGGAGAAAACAAAGUUGAAGUCACGACCAGGUCACCACUGGCUGCCACUUCCGCACAAACUCUAGGCCCAACUACCACGGCCUGUGCUUGUCACAACAGCAAUAGGCAAGGUGAAACCGGGCUGCCUGUAUUUUGCUCUAUAAUCAUUCUGGGCCCACUGGCUGGCGGCUGUGGCCUUCUUCUGCUGCUCCUCAUCGUCACCACCCUGUACUGCCACCGAAUAAGGACGCGGAGAUGCCCACACCAUUACAAAAAGAAAAAGCUGCGGACGGUGGCUCCUGGAAAACAGAUGAUGACCAACAGAAAUGUUUGAUCUAAAUGGGGCAGUGUCACCGACAUGUCUUUAAAGUGCAGUUUUCUUACAGUGUUGUGUUAUGGUUGCAUAUAUUAUACAUUAUUUUAGGUUUAAUGACAAAUUAACUGAAAAUAUUCUCACUGUUUUAGACAGAAAUUAUUUUAAAAAGUGUCUUUGAACAAUUCAAUGCACCACAUACUUUGAAAGCUUUUCAUUGUCAACAUUACCUGCGAUGUGGUCUGACAGACGAAUUAAGCAGAACACCUCCUGGGAAGAUGGAACUCUUUUAUGAAAAAACAUGCGAUCAGAGUAGAAGAAGAGUCAAAGGAUUCAGUUUUUUUUUUAAUAAAUAUUUUUUUGUAAAUAUAAAAAAAAAUUAUAUAUAAAAUUUGACUUUUGUUCAAUUUAUGGCUACAUUUACAAUCUCUACUUUUAAAGGUCAAAUUUUUUAUGUUAACCUUUUUAGCAUAGUUUUCGUAUAUGGAUUUUUACCAUUCAUUUUACAGUAAAGUCCUUUAGUUUUUAGAUCUAACUUACCUUCAGACUUACUGUAGUAACAGCGACAAUUAUUUAGAUGUUUUCGAUACACCUCCUCCCCCCAUAAUUAAAAUGUAUAUGAUUCAGAGUAAUAAGGAAGAAAUCUUUGAUAGUAUUAUAGUUUUUUUUAAAUAGUACACUUUUUUUGUAUUAUCCCACUGACUGAAUUUACGGAAUUCUGUAAAUUAAAAAAAAAAUAGUACAAGAAAUAUAAAUAAAAUAAAAAAGAAUGUGAUACCACUCAGACAAGCAUUCUUUAUUGGCUGCUGUUUUUGUCUUAUUAUACACAUAAAUCCCACUCAUUUGCGUUCCCAUCAGUCAUUCUUCAUCAGGUUCUUGGCACAAAAAGUAUAAAGUUUGAGCGAAAGACAUUUGUUUCGUUGUGAGCCCCCUGAGUGAAAAGGAAGUGGGCUGCUACAACUGUAUGCAGAAUAAAAAAAACGAAACCAAAAAAUUUAUUUGAUGAUGAGUUCGUUGAUUUCUCCAGCUGUAUGUAGCUUUCUUUAAGGCAGUGCAUGUUAAGUUUUGUUUCUUAUUUUGUGCAAAUUGUAGAAACCAGACUCACGUAUAACAACUACACAUUCUAAAUGUUAGAUUUAUUUUAUUUCAUUAGUAUUCCCACAUCUAAAAUAUAUCUCGCAUCUGUUGCCUCACACCCACACAAAACCCAGGACAGGAAGAAAGAAUAACCUCGGGGGAAUUAUAGUGAUUUGACUUUACACUUUACUUUGAAAGUCCUUUGUAAACUAUACAGUGUUGUCUUAUAUAGAGCAAAAAAAUAUGUUUGUUUUUUUACAGUAUAUAAAAAGGAAGUUUACAAAGCUUGUUUACCACCAUGGUUCACUAAGUGCACUUCUGGAGACCAUUAUUUGUUUCUUCUUUUCUAAAAGGCCAAACACAUAAAAAAGCUACAUCUCUGCAGAAAGUAAAAGGCAUUUGCAAGAAGCUCUCACAUACAGAAUUAAGCAGAACACCUCCUGGGAAAUCCUCCACACUUUGAAUCAUGUAAACUAUGCGCUGUCCAAAAUAAAAGCAAACGCAGCUGUA